AUGGAUCGCAGCUUGGAUGAGAUCAUUGGCGAGGACACACGCAAUCAGAAUCGUUCCUCCGGUGGUGGACGCCGCAACCAAGGCCCAGGCCGCCGUCGUGGCGACCGCGAUGGCGUUAGAAAGGUACUGCCUGCUCCGUUCCAAUCUCCCAAACCCUCGAUGACGGCGUCCGCCCUCCUCUUCCUUGACUGGGUCCACGACAAGUACGAUGAUGACAGAGAUACCCGUCCUUCCCGAGGUGGACGUCGGUCCCGUCGCUCAACCUCGCCUGAUCGCGGCCCUAUGUUGACCAAGGUCCGCGUCGAAAACCUUCACUACGAUAUCAACGAGAGUGACCUGGAGGAUCUCUUUGGCAAAAUCGGCCCCGUUACCGACCUUACCCUCGUCUACGACCGCGCUGGACGCUCCGAAGGCGUGGCCUACGUUACAUACAAGCACCUUAAAGACGCACACGAGUCUGUCAAGGAAUUCGACGGCGCCAACGCAAAGGGCCAUCCCAUUCGCCUGACCCUCGUCCCUGGCCGACGGGAACAACAUAAGAGCCUCUUUGACCGUGUGGAGCGCCCAGGUCGUGAUGCCCGCAGUUUGAGCCCCGGAGGUGCUCGUGGUGAGCAAUCAGAUGGCCGACGCCGUGGUGGUCGCGUCCGCCGCAGCGAUGUUUCGAAGCCCGCCCCCGAGAAUAUUGACCGCUACAUCCCCGGAGAGCGCGGUGAUCGUUCUCCUCGCCGCAACGGUGGUCGACGAGGUGGCCGCGAUACCCGUCGCAACGAACCUCGCAAUGAGAACGGAGGUCGUCGCACAGCGAAUGGUCGUCCUCGGAAGACGCAGGAGGAGUUGGAUCAAGAGAUGGAGGAUUACUGGGGCGGAAAUGCUGGUACAGACAAUGCUGAGAAGCCCGCCGAACAAGAACAGCAACAGGCUGCCGCUCCUGCUGCUGCUGCCACCGCCACCCCAGCCGCCCCCGCCGCGCCUGUGAACGACGACGACAUCGAUAUGAUUGAGUGA